AUGAACUGUGAAACAAAGCAUGCAUUGCAUUGUGCAGCUUUGCUCGGUUGGAUUCUAGGAUUUGCUUAUUUUUGUGGCGUAUUCACUGAACCUCAUUCCACUGUAACACUGAGCCCUUUUGAAAGUUAUGGAUACACUUGGACAACGUUUCUGUACCUUUUGCGUUUCACCGCUUUACUGGUACUUCCACAGUGCCUCUGCAAUCUUCUUGGCCUUGUUUUAUUCAAUGCAUUUAGGGAAAAGGUACCGUUAAAAGCUGCACCGUUACUGUCACCGUUUGUGUGCUUUCGGGUGGUUACAAAGGGUCAUUUUCCGCUCCUAGUCAAGGAAAAUAUAGCUACUAAUAUGAAGACAUGCUAUGACGCAGGCAUGGAAAAUUUUAUAUUUGAGGUUGUUACUGACAAGGCGAUUCAUUUGCCGCCUCAACCCCGAGUACGUGAAGUGGUCGUCCCGACGUCAUACAGGACCAAAAGCGGCGCAAAGUUCAAAGCUCGUGCUCUUCAAUACUGUCUAGAGGAUGAUGUCAACAUCUUGCAGGACAAUGACUGGAUCGUUCAUCUAGAUGAAGAGACGUUAUUAACAACAAAUGCGAUAUGUGGCAUUCUGAACUUCUGCGAAGACGGUCGUCAUCAAUUCGGUCAAGGGGUGAUCACAUAUGCAAGCGGGGAAAUUGUCAACUGGCUGACAACGCUGUCGGACUCCUUCAGAGUUGCGGACGACAUGGGUAAAUUACGACUUCAGUUCAAGCUCUUUCACAAGCCUCUUUUCGGUUGGAAAGGCUCCUUCGUUGUCACGCAGGUUGCUGCAGAACGAAAUGUGUCGUAUGACCACGGUAUGGAGGGAUCUAUAGCAGAAGAUUGUUUCUUUUCGAUGAUCGCGAUGAAACACGGGUACACUUUCGAUUUUAUAGAAGGUCGAUGUAUGUUCUCGAUUCUGAAUUCCAUUCACGAUGUGGGAUUUUCUGCAGCAGCGGAAACGUUGGCUACAGGGAAUUCUACUAACAGUCCACUCACCCCGGAUUGUAUGUCUUUUCUACUUAUUUCAAAUGGAAUGAAUCAAAGGCUUUCACUUGCGCUCCUUGCACUAUCACUGUAUGCAUGGGCCACUAUGCCGUUGACUUCUCUUCAAGUAUUUCUCUGUCCGCUCUUCCCCCUUCCUCGUUGUCUGCCGUUCGAUUUCGCGCUUUCUUUUGUUGGUGCUGUGAAUCUAUACAUGUAUAUAUUCGGAGUAGUAAAAUCAUUCUCACACAAAUACAGGAACAGCGCUUUUCGAUUGAUGGUCUAUCUAUUGGGAGCUCUAAUGACAAUACCAUUUAAUGUCAUUAUUGAGAAUGCAGCUGUACUAGUUGGAAUGUGUGGCCGAAAAGAUCAAUUCUACAUCGUUAACAAAGACAUACAGACCGUAUAG